CUUACAUUGACCUCUAACUACCCCUCCCUAAGAUCUGAGAAAUCUAAAAGAAGCAUCCACCAUGUCGCAACUCACCAACUACCGCCUCCUCUCCUUCGACGUCUACGGAACCCUAAUCGAUUGGGAAACGGGCGUCUGGAACGCAAUUCAACCAAUCCUAACCGCAAACAACGCUCAAAUAAGCCGAGGCACCUUCCUUAAGAUCUAUCACGAGCUUGAAAAAGCCCAACAGUCCCAGACCCCGGGCAUGCCAUACUCGCAACUCCUCGCUACAAUCCAUCCCCAACUCGCCUCCCGCCUUGGCCUGAACCGACCCAGAGAGGAAGAGAGCUACCAAUUCGGCGAAUCAGUCGGUCACUGGCCCGCAUUCCCGGAUACUGUGGAGGCACUAAAGCGUCUGGCAACGCACUACAAGCUAGUCGUUCUUUCAAAUGUAGACCGGGAGUCGUUCCAGAAGACCAACGAGGGGAGUCUGCAGGGAUUUCCGUUUGAUUUAGUGAUUACGGCUCAGGAUGUGGGAGCUUAUAAGCCAAAUCUGGCUAACUUCGAGUAUAUGUUGAAGGCUGUGAAGGAGCAGUUUGGAGUUGAGGCGGGGCAGGUGCUUCAGACUGCGCAGAGUCAGUUCCAUGAUCAUCAUCCUGCGAAAAAGAUGGGACUGCAGUCUGUUUGGAUUGAGAGGCCUGGGGCUUUUAUGGGGAAUUUGAAGGAUACGGUUUACGACUGGAGAUUUGAUACACUCGGGGAUAUGGCCGAUGUUGUUGAGAGGGAGUUGUAG